UCCAUUUCUCAGCGAAAUUUUAUCAAAGUUCCUGAAAAACUCAAACGGUCCGAAUCCACUCCGAGUUUUCUUAAUGAGUGACAGACUCUGACAUCUGGAUGAACGGAAGAACUUAAGCAGUUCAGCUAAUAUUAAAUACCUAAAGUAUUUGCCAUAAUUAUUAUUUUCAUCAGCAGCUGAGUUGGGAUCAAAACCGGACCAGAAUCUACAGACAUGACGAAUCUGUGUGCUUCUGCUGAGCAGAGGCCUCUGGUGUCCCAGCGCUCUCUGCCCGGCACUCCCGUCACCCACAAACACCUGCCCAUCGACCUGCGCACAUCCAUGGACGGAAAAUACAAGGAGAUCGCUGAGGAGCUGCUGGCGAGGAGUCUGACGGACAGCGACAUGCGUUGUGCUCCGUACGAGUUUCCUGAAGAGAGUCCCAUAGAACAACUGGAGGAGAAACGCCACCGUCUGGAGCGACAGAUCAGUCAGGACGUCAAGCUUGAGCCUGAGAUUCUGCUGCGAGCCAAACAAGACUUCAUGAAAAUAGACAGCGCAGCCGACCUGGAGUGUCUGAAGGACAGUCACGAGGACGCGCUCAACCAGUAUCAUAUGGAGCGCGAGAUGCUCGUUGAGAAAGAGUUCCAGCGCGUGUCCAUCUCGGGAGAGGAGAAGUGUGGGGUGCCGUUCACUGAUCUGGUGGAUGCAGCGAAGUGUGUGGUGAAGGCCCUGUUCAUCAGAGAGAAGUACAUCGCUCUGUCACUGCAGACCUUCUGUAAGACCACGGCACGAUCCCUGCAGGAGCUCAACCAGAGACCGCUGGACAUCAGCGUCUACGAGGACCUUCGCGGGAGCCCCGUCGACUCAGACAUGCGCGUCCACAUGCCGGUGUCAGAAACGCACCCAUAUGACAUGCAGCACAUGAAGAACCUGCCGUCCGACGCCGGAUACAGCUGCGCCAUGGUGGACGGAGUCUUUCACGUCUACACCACACAAAACCCCAUGGACAAGAGCUCAGAGCUGGACCUGCCGUAUCCAGACCUGAAGGAAUACAUCGCCGACAUGAACGUCAUGAUGGCGCUCAUCAUUAACGGCCCCGUGAAGUCGUUCUGUUACCGGCGGCUGCAGUAUCUGAGCUCCAAGUUUCAGAUGCACGUCCUGCUGAACGAGAUGAAGGAGCUUGCCGCGCAGAAACAAGUGCCGCACCGAGACUUCUACAACAUACGCAAGGUGGACACACACAUCCACGCCUCGUCCUGCAUGAAUCAGAAGCACCUGCUGCGGUUCAUCAAGCGCGCGAUGAAGAAGUACCCGGACGAGAUCGUGCACAUGGAGGGCGGCCGCGGGCAGACGCUGAUGGAGGUGUUCGAGAACAUGAACCUGACGGCCUUCGACCUCAGCGUCGACACGCUCGACAUGCACGCGGACAGGAACACGUUCCAUCGCUUCGACAAGUUCAACUCCAAAUACAAUCCCAUCGGAGAAUCCAUCCUGAGAGAGAUCUUCAUCAAAACUGACAACCACAUCCACGGGAAAUACUUCGGCCACAUCAUCAAGGAAGUGAUGUCAGACCUAGAGGAGAGUAAGUAUCAGAACGCUGAGCUGCGUCUGUCCAUCUACGGCCGCUCCAUGGACGAGUGGGACAAUCUGGCGCAGUGGGCCGUUUCUCACUCCGUCUACUCCGAUAACGUCCGCUGGCUGAUCCAGAUCCCUCGACUGUUUGACGUUUACUGCACCAAGAAGCAGCUGAACAACUUCCAGCAGAUGCUGGAGAACAUCUUCCUGCCUCUGUUUGAGGCGACCAUCAAUCCCAGCAGCCACCCGCAGCUGCACCUCUUCCUGCAACACGUGGUGGGUUUCGACAGUGUGGACGACGAGUCUAAACCAGAGCAUCACAUCUUUAACCUGGACAGUCCGUCUCCGGCACGCUGGUGUGACGACAACAACCCACCGUACUCGUACUAUCUGUACUACAUGUACGCCAACAUGACCGUCCUGAACCACCUGCGCAGGAAGCGGGGCUUCCACACCUUUGUGCUGCGACCUCACUGCGGGGAGGCGGGGCCUAUUCAUCACCUGGUGUCUGGAUUCAUUCUGUCAGAAAACAUCUCACAUGGACUGCUGCUCAGGAAGGCUCCGGUCCUGCAGUACCUGUACUAUCUGGCUCAGGUGGGCAUCGCGAUGUCUCCUCUCAGCAACAACAGUCUGUUUCUGAGUUACCACCGCAACCCUCUGCCCGAGUAUCUGUCCCGCGGCCUGAUGGUGUCGCUGUCCACCGACGACCCGCUGCAGUUCCACUUCACUAAGGAGCCUCUGAUGGAGGAGUACAGCAUCGCCGCUCAGGUGUGGAAACUGAGCUCAUGUGACAUGUGUGAACUGGCCAGAAACAGUGUGUUAAUGAGCGGCUUCUCACACAGGGCUAAGGGUUAUUGGCUGGGUCCCAACUACAACAAAGAGGGUCCGAUCAGUAACGACAUCCGCCGCACAAACGUCCCCGACAUCCGUGUGUCGUACCGACACGAGACGCUGUGCGAAGAACUUCACCUCAUCACGCAGGCCGUCCGAACGCAGGAGCUGGACCGCAUCGAGGAGGAGGACAUGCUGUCCUUCAUGCCCAGCCAAUCUACGGCCCCGCCCACACUCUCACCUGUCCAAUCAGCACGCUAGAGACAAGCCACAGCCCAAUCAACACGCUAGAAAUGAGCCAUGACCCCACCCACAUACUCGCGCCUGUCUAAUCAACACGCUAGAGAUGAGCCACAGCCCCGCCUACACUCACACCUGUCCAAUCAGCACGCUAGAGAAGCCAUGACCCCGCCCACGCUAUCACCUGUCCAACCAGCACGCUAACAUCAGGACCAAAGCGACAUUCCCUUCAUGUCAUUUCAGUGCACGUUUCAGCUAUGCAUCAAUAUAAUGCAACGAGCGCCAGUGUUUUUCAUUAUACCUCCGUCACGAGCCUCGUGAUGACAUCACAGCUCCCUCACGUGCCUUUUACUUUAGCUACUUUUAUUUUGAAGGUUUGGCUGCGAUUGUAUCUUACUGUGAACGUGUCUUUUAGUCUCUGAUUCUGUUAAUCUUUUAAUUUCUAAAUCAAUUUGAAGGAUUUAUUUUCUCUGAUGGCCAAACUGUUAAGAUGUGCAUUACGAAUCUCCUCCGGUCCUGCAGGAGGCGCCGUUGAGGCCAAAAUGAGCAGUAUUUUUCUAACCCUAAACCUCCUGUACGCUCGCUAACCACUGUAAAGUUUACACAUCUAUAUGAAGGUAGUUUACGUAGAUCUCCUCGUACACUAGAUAUACAUUACGCCUGACAAUUCCAUGACUGACGUAUUUUCAGAUCCGGCAUGUGUUCGGUACUUUUUAAACUGACUGUUAAUCUUCACGCAGGAUUGUGAUCUUCCCACUAAUAAAUCGCACAAAUCAUGAGAUCAAAACAGCAUGGUUUAUAGAAAUUAGCAUGCUGAUAGAGCAGAUUCAGAGCAAAGCAUGAGGUUCAACAUGCUAGAAAGCAAAUGAUCACAAGUAAUAGUAUAAAAUAUAUAUGUAUAUCUUUAUUUUUUGUGAAUGAGAUUGUUAGUCUAUAGCAGUACUGAUCAGAAAAGAGUAUUUUAUUCAUUUCAAUAAAGCAUGUGUGUAUUCAA